AUGUCGAGACAGUCCAACCCCAGGUCUAGCUCUAAACGAAAACAAACGAGCCCUGUUGAAAAUUCCAACUCCCAACGGAGAAGAUUUCUGUCAUCGUCUCUUCCUGAUUUAAGUGAAUCAGAUACAUUUUCUAGUGUCUUAGGUGACUCCGUUAGGGAACCUCAGUUAUACUUAGCCGCCAUGGCCAGUCCGACUUCUUCAAGUCCUAAUACUCCCAACUUGUCAACCCAAGACCAGCCACCCUUUUUCCAAGCCCAGGGCAAGACCUUUAGUCUACCGGACAUAAUAUUUGGGGCAUUCAAAAACCAAAACCUAGUGAACCAACUCGUCCCUGUAUUGGCUGAAGCUAUAAUGCCAACAUUAAAAAGUGCAGUAGAGAGUGCAUUCCAGUCACUAAACGAUACAAUUAAAAGUCAGUCCGAAACAAUUGAUAAACAAAAUCAUGAAAUAGACACACUACACGGCAAACUUAAAAAUGCUGAAAAAUCAAAUCAAGAUCUUCAACAACAAAUAUGGGGUCUCGAAGAAUCAAUGGAUGAAUUGGAACAAUAUAGUAGAAGAACCUCAUUACGAUUUCACAACUGUCCCCAACCAAAUUCCAACAACAGCACGGACAGUAUUAUUAAAGAUAUUUGCAGAGAAAAACUGGGGAUCCAAAUAACUGAAAACGAUAUUUUUCGAUCCCAUCCCAUUGGAAACAGAAACAACCAUGGGGGCAUCCAAAUUAUUUGUCGUUUCCAAAAUUGGAAAACAAAGAACGCAGUAUACAAAGCUAAGAGUAAACUAAAAAAUUCCGAUAUCUUUGUGACCGAGGACCUCACCAGAUACCGACAAGGAAUCAUACACGAACUGUCAGCUGCUAAACGCUUGCGUAAAGUUCACUCUUUCUGGACCAACGACGGGAGAAUUUUCACUAAACUGUCCGAAAAUGGUCAAAAAUAUUUGAUCAAAUCUAUCAGUGAACUGCACAAAAUCGCGCCGCUACCGAGUGACGAACAACGAGGCUAA